GUAAACAUGACUUGGAAUCUUAUUUCCCUCGAAAAGCCAACUUCUCCGUUCAGAUUCGUCGUAGGAAGGAAACCCUUGCGCAACGGCCUUUACAGAGCGCCAGAGGCGGCGGCGAUGGGCGGCCUCAUCUUCGCCCCCGUCGCCCGCCCAUGAAACUCAAACCCUACCGCUUCAACCCCUCUCUCUUCCCCGCCGCCAGAGCCCCUCCGAGACCCUCCAUGGCCGCCUCUUCCCUCGCUCAAACCUCCCCCGAUUUCCACACCUCCGCCCCUCCCGAGCCUCCCCAAGAUCUCGACGACGUCCUCUGCUCCGACCCACAAUCCCAAGACCAUGAACCGACCGACGACGCUCCGCCGUUUUCCGGUGGCUCGCCGGGCCGGUGCUUGAGCGCCUCGUCGAGGGCCGAGCGCGCGUGGGCUCACUGGGCGAAGCUCGGCCGGCCGAAGCUGAUGGUGGCGCCGAUGGUGGACAACUCCGAGCUCCCGUUCCGGAUGCUGUGUCGCAAGUACGGCGCCCAAGCGGCUUACACGCCCAUGCUCCAUUCCAGGAUCUUCACUGAGAAUGAGAAGUACAGGAGCAUGGAAUUCACCACCUGCAAGGAGGAUCGCCCAUUAUUUGUUCAAUUUUGUGCCAAUGAUCCAGACAUUUUGUUGGAAGCUGCACAAAGAGUGGAACCUUAUUGUGACUAUGUUGAUAUAAAUUUGGGGUGCCCUCAGCGUAUUGCUAGGCGAGGAAACUACGGGGCAUUUUUGAUGGAUAACCUUCCUUUGGUAAAAUCCCUAGUACAGAAGCUAGCCCUCAACUUGAAUGUUCCCGUUUCUUGCAAAAUCAGAGUCUUCCCGAAAUUGGAGGAUACACUUAACUAUGCCAGGAUGCUAGAGGAAGCUGGAUGCUCUCUUUUAGCUGUCCAUGGACGAACGAGAGAUGAGAAAGAUGGGAAGAAAAUUCGUGCUGAUUGGUUGGCAAUAAAGGCUGUAAAAGACGCUCUAAGCAUACCAGUCCUUGCCAAUGGAAACAUACGGCACAUGGAUGAUGUAGAGAGCUUGUUAAAAGAAACCGGAGCUGAUGGCGUGCUUUCAGCAGAGUCUCUCCUAGAGAAUCCAGCUCUCUUUGCAGGGUUUCGAACUGCUGACUGGAUAGUUGGAAGUGAAGAAAGCCACAAAGAUGGACAGCUGGACCAGGCAGAGUUACUGGUGGAGUAUCUCAAGUUUUGCGAAAAAUAUCCUGUCCCGUGGAGGAUGAUUCGUUCUCACAUGCACAAGAUGCUGGGAGAUUGGUUCAGGAUUCAUCCGCAGGUGAGGGACGAGCUCAAUGCACAAUCUAAACUGACCUUUGAGUUUCUUUACGGUCUGGUUGAUAAGCUUAGGGACUUGGGACUAAGAAUCCCAUUAUAUGUUAAAGAUGCGGAUCUAGAAAGGAUCUCAGCGAAUGGUUCUGCCACUUGAUCAUUUUUUCGAAUAUUAAGCUGUAGCGGCACCAAAGUUGGGCCUGGUUUUUUAACUUUACUGUCUCUGUCUGAUUAUUUUUGUGCUAUGCUGGCCAAAAUGUUUUUCAAGGCCACAGGCACACAUGGAAAAUAGAGGUCCCUCUUUCUUUCACGGUGAAGUGAGCAUGUCACGUAGAGAAAGUUUUGUUGUGGGAUAUAUUACUGAAAACGUCGCUUAUUGU